UUAAAACCCUAAAUUCCAAAAAAAUAGUAAUAAAUAAAUCCUAUAGCAAUACAACUCAGUUGCUCCAUUGAAACCACAAAUUGGAAUCACACUGAACUCAACUGGCCGGAAAACCAAAGGUUGCCGGAAACGUUGACGGAGUUGGUUGUCGUCGGAAGUUAGAACGCAAUAAUUCGUUUAGGAAUGUCGGAGAAAAAGCCGGUGGUUGGACUCUCAUGGCAACCGAAGUUGCCUUUUACUUCUCUGUCAAAGGCUACAAAUGAUCACUCUCAAGCCCAAUUUCAAGCCAAGGGAACGCAUAGCACUAUUUGGAAACCAAAUUCAGAAUUGGUUAGUGGGCUAUUGGUUCCUCCCAAUGAUCCCAGAAAAUUAAAUAAGUUAUUGAGACAGCAAGUUAAAGAUACUGCUGGAAAAAGAUGGUUUGACAUGCCUGCUCAAACCAUGACCCCUGAACUGCAGAGAGAACUGAAGUUACUAAAGUUGAGGGAUGUCAUUGAUCCAAAACGGCACUACAAGAAGGGUGAUUCAAAAUCAAAGACUCUUCCAAAGUACUUUCAGAUAGGAACAAUUGUAGGUUCCUCGCUGGACUACUUCUCAGGAAGAUUAACAAAGAAAGAGAGGAAAGAGUCGUUUGCAGAUGAGUUGCUUGCUGAUCAAAAUAAUUCAGCUUACAGGAAGCGUAAGGUUCAAGAAAUCGAAGAGCAGAGGCAACCAGCUGGGAAUAAAAAGUGGAAGAACAAUGGCCAAAGUACUUGGAAACGGGCAAAAGAAAGGAGGAAGUUCUGAAAUUGACAGACUUUUUGGAGUUUAUUACAUUCAGUUUUGUUCACAUGCCAGGAAAUUAAUGCAAUGAAACAGUUUAUAAUUACUUAUAGCAGUUUAUAAUUAGUUAUAAUUACUUAUAGUGUUUACUCCCUGUCUCAUAAAAGUGUUUCAUUUUUACUUUUUCUGUGUUAAGAUAGUUGUUUAUUUACAAUUUUAAUAUAGCAUUUAUUAUUAUUUUUCUA